AUGUCCAUAUUUGGCGAAAACAUGUGUGUUCAUUAUAUGAAAAUAUGUGAUGGUAUUGAUGAUUGUGGUGAUGGUAGUGAUGAGAUGAAUUGUGGUGAAGAUGAAAUAAAUGGUAAAAGUGAAAUAUUCACAACAACCGGUACAGGAUGUGAACCGGAUCAAUUCCGUUGUGAAAACGGAAAAUGUAUUGCACAAAUCGAUCGAUGCAAUCAUAAAUAUGAUUGUGAUGAUGGGACAGAUGAGAAUACCUGUGAAUAUUUUGUGCAAGCCCUGCAACAAGCAAGAAGUACAGCGAUGCAUCCGGAUGAAAUUGCAUCCGAAGAACAGAAAGAUAGAGAGGAGCAAAUACGAAAACAGGAACAGGAAAGGCUGAGACAUGAGAAGGAACAUGAAGAACGGGAACAGGAAAGACUGAGACAGGAGCAAGAAAGAGAACGACAGGAACAGGAAAGAAGACGAGAGGAGGAAGAACGGGAGCGAGAUGAGGAACGGAAAAGGGUGGAACAGGAAAGGAAAAGGCAAGAAUAUUAUGAAGAGGAAAGACAAAGACAAGAGAUGGAACGAAAGAGCGAGAAAGAGUAUGAAGAAGAGCAGGAGAGACAAAAGGAUUGCCAUGGGAAAGAGAGAAAUGGGAAAGCGCAGGAACAAGAAAGAAAGCGACAAGAAGAAAGAAGACAAGAGGAGAGAGAACGACGGGAGCAAGAAGAGGAACGGGAAAGAGUGGAACAGGAAAGGAGAAGAGAAGAAUAUUAUGAAGAAGAAAGACGAAGACAAGAAGUUGAACAAAGGAGAGGGAAGGAAUACGAAGGAGAACAGGAAGAUAGACAGGAACAAGAUGAAUGGGAACGACAAGAACAUGAAAGAAUGCGACAAGAGGUGGAAUCACAACGUCAAGAACACGAAAGAAUCAGGCAAGGGAUGGAAAUAGCACGACAGGAAAAGGAACAAAAAGGUGAAGAAGAUAAGAAUGGAUAUACUGAUAAGGAACAGAAAAGUUAUGAGGAAGAACAACACCAAAGAUACAGAGAAGAUGAACAAAGACGACAGAAAGAAGAAGAAAUGGAACGGAAAAAGAAGAAGGAGGAGGAAGAUAGGCGACAAUUGGAAGAGAACCAAAGACGUUUAGAAGAAGAUCGUAGACGUCUAGAGGAAUUGUCAAGGAGAGAACUGGAAAAAGAAAGAAAAGGUGAAGAUUUGGGAGAAUAUGAGAAACAUCAGAUGACCGUAGAAGGUGUCCGGAUUAAAGAAGAUGAAGCACGACGACGACUGGAAUUAGAACGUUACGGUCCGGAUAAGGAAAAUCAGGCAAGUUAA